UACUCCAUUGAAUAUAAAUAUUCCAUCAUAUGUUUUGGAAUGGCAAUGAAACUUUGCAAGUACCAAGGGAGCUUCAUUCAACUAAUCGGAUUCGUUUGUGUGAACAAUUAAAAGAACUUGAUAAUAUACCAAAAAAUUCAGUUAUAUUGUUAAAAGGCGGAGAUACAACCUAUAAAUAUGAUACCGAUACAGAAAAUAUGUUUGUUCAAGAAUCCUAUUUCCACUGGGCAUUCGGGGUAUUAGAAUCUGGAUUUUGGGGAUUGAUAGAAAUAGAGAAUUCUAAGGCUACUCUAUUUGCGCCUAGAUUACCACAAUCAUAUGAAAUCUGGAUGGGAAAGAUUUUGACCUUGAAGGAUUACAAAGAUAAAUAUCUCGUUGAUUCCGUUUCUUAUCUCGAGGAAAUGAUUCUUGUCUUGGCCACAAUGAAACCUUCUACAAUAUUCACGCUGAAAGGUUAUAAUACGGACAGCCAAAGACUAAUGGAACCUCCCACAUGUCCGGGUUUAGAAAAUUUUACGAUGGAUACCAAACUACUACAUCCUAUCAUAACGGAAUGCAGAGUUUUCAAGACUCCCCAAGAAAUGGAAGUCAUCAAAUACGUGGCCAAAGUUACCUGCGAAGGCCACAAGGAAGUCAUGAGAAGAAUUAAUGCCGGGAUGAUGGAAUACGAGCUGGAAGGAAUCUUCAGAAAUUACGUUCUCUCGCGAGGUGGAUGUAGACUUAUGGCUUACAAUCCUAUAUGUGCUUGCGGUCCGAGUUCCGCCACGCUACACUACGGCACAGGCGAAAACGGUUGGUUACGCCUCGAAGCUGGCAACGUAUUUCUCAUGGAUGCCGGCGGGUCUUAUUGCGGUUACGCAUCCGACGUCACUACCACGUGUCCCGUUCCCACGCGUCAGAGCAUGGCAGCAUGUUGCGACAUAUACGAUGAUCUCACCACUGAUGACAUCAUGACUCGCGCCAAAUCGAGUAAUGUUAGGUUUUUCGAGAGGGACAACCUGGAGACCUCCAAUUUAAAGAAAUGUGUCUACGAAAGCGUUCUUAGGGCCAACAGAUCCGUCGUUAAAAUGGCUAAGCCCAAUGUAACUUGGUUAGAGAUGCAUCUCCUGGCCGAACGGGUAAUCUUGGAAGGUCUUAAGGGGGCCGGCUUGCUAAAAGGGCAGAUAGACGGGAUGAUGAACUCUCGGCUGGGCGCUAUCUUCAUGCCCCACGGCGUAGGACACUUCUUGGGGAUCGAUGUUCAUGACGUAGGGGGUUACCCAGAAGGCGAAAAACGUUCAGAAGAACCAGGAAUAUCCGCGCUAAGGACCAAACGGAUUUUACAAACCGGUAUGGUUUUAACGGUCGAGCCCGGCUGCUAUUUCAUCGAACCCCUGCUGAAAAAAGCUCUGAGCGACGAAAAAUUAUCAAAAUUUUUGGUGGAAGCCAAGCUGGACUUCCUGAAGAAUUUUGGCGGGGUUAGGAUAGAGGACGAAAUUUACAUUGACAAAGAUUGCGCCGUUUUAUUGACCGAUUAUCUGCCCAGGACUAUCUUGGAGAUAGAACAUUUUAUGACCUCUUCGAGGGACAAUGAAGGCGAUUAAUUUUAUAUUCACUCUCCAACAUAUUAUUUUUUUAAAAAAAAGAGACUUUUCGCGACUAUUUGUUUAUUUAUUUUAUAUAUCAUCGGCGAUGCCAGCUCACUUUUUUAGAUUUUAAAAUAUUAUUAUAUUUAUAUAUUAUUUUUUUUUAAAACAAAAUCAUAUUAUAUUUGUGAAUCGGCUCUAAGAAUAAGGGUUAUAUCGAUAAUAUAUGAAU